AUGAGUCCUGGUCGAGAAAGCUUAGAAUUUGCGGAGGGUAUUAGUGAGGGCAUUAUCAUUGACGCGUUGAAUGACAACAGCACGAAGUUAGCCUCCACGAACGGGACUGAACCUCACCUCAAUGACGAGCAUCACAAGACAGAGAACCCAGAAAACAAAGUCUCCAGGAAUGGAUGCAUAAAUGGCGCAACACAAGACUCAAAUAUCCAUAUCCCUUUGUGGAAUACACCUGCAUAUUCAAUUCCAAGGAAGUUGCGGAUUGUUACCAUUGGCGCAGGAUUCUCGAGCUUGAUAUUUGCGCAUAAACUUCGUUAUGAGCAUCCGGAGAUGGAGGAGAUCGUGACGAAUACAAUAUUUGAGGCACGAGCCGAGGUAGGUGGGACAUGGCUCGUCAAUUCCUAUCCAGGUGUCCAGUGCGAUGUCCCAUCACAUAUCUACGCUUUCCCGUUCGAUCCAAAUCCAGAUUGGAGUCACUUUUAUUCAACUGGGCCACAGAUUCAGGAGUAUAUUACCAAAACGGUGAAGAAGUGGAACCUGGACCGUGACAUUCAGUUCAGAACUCGUGUUUUAGGCACCCAUUGGCAAGAAGAUGCAGGCCAGUGGAAAAUUGUCGUGGAGCACGAAGGCCGUCAACGUGAAGAAUAUGCCGAUAUCCUUGUUUCUGCUCAAGGAUUUCUGAACACCUGGAAGUGGCCAGCCAUCCCUGGCUUACAGGACUUUAAGGGCCACAAGGUUCACUCAGCAUCCUGGGACCACUCAUAUGACUAUUCUGGUAAAAGAAUCGCUGUGAUCGGAAAUGGUUCUUCGGGAAUCCAGAUACUGCCCGCACUUGCGCGAUUGGAGGGUACUCAGCUGACAAGCUUCCAAAGAGGGCCGACUUGGAUCGUGGCCCGGAUGGAUCCUGGUAGACUCCUGGGAAAACCGAAUAUUGGAGCAAAUCCAGAAUACACCGAGGAAGACAAGCAGAAGUUCCGAGAAGACAGAGAACAUCACCAUCAGUAUAGGAGAAACCUCAUCCAUAGGAUAAACCGCGCUUUCAGAAUGUUCAUUAAAGGUUCAGUUGAGAAUAAAGACAACUCCGAGUUCGCAAGAAGACAGAUGGCAGAUAAACUCAACAACGAUCCGGUGCUCUGUGAGCAGCUCAUACCCAAGUGGGAACUCGGUUGCCGCCGAGUCACUCCUGGAGCUGGAUAUUUGGAGGCAUUCUUGCGGCCAAAUGUCCGCCUUACUCAGAGUCUUAUCGCGAAAGUGACAAGGGAUUCGAUAGUCACUGAAGAUGGACAUGAGCAUCAAGUUGAUGUCAUGGUGUGUGCCACUGGGUUCGACGUGUCCCACCAACCUGUGUAUCCAGUGAUUGGUCGCAACAAAGUCAGCCUGGCAGAUAAAUGGGCUGACGAACCCGAAUCUUACUUCUCUCUAGCAUGCCCUGAGUUUCCCAACUACUUCAUAUUCACCGGUCCCAAUGCUAUCGUGGGGCAUGGCUCAUUGAUAGAAGGACUCGGAUGGGUUGCAGAGUAUAUCAUUAAGUGGUUGAAAAAGAUAGCUUCUGAGGAUAUCAAGUCUGUCUCGCCUAAACAGAGUGCUGUCAAUGAGUUCGUCAGGUAUGGAGACAAGAUACAUAAGACGCUGGUCUGGACCGGACAGUGUCGGAGCUGGUAUAAGAAGAACAGGAUAGACGGUCGGGUGACCGCAACGUUUCCUGGGAGUGCCCUGCUCUUCCGAAGCAUGAUUACGGAUAUCAGAGGAGAAGACUUCGAGAUUGAGUACAACUCCGCCAAUCGUUUCAGAUUCAUGGGUAAUGGGUUCACUGAAUACGAGCUCGAUGAUACCAAUGAUUUGGCAUGGUAUAUCAAGAAUUGA